AUGGCUACAAUUGUGAAUACUCCCGAAACUCACCCAACAGGAAUCGUUAUCCCUCAUCAUGUUGUCGAACCAAUUUCCAACUCACCAGAUACUCCCUUGCAAUCAUCUGCGCCAAGCUCCAUUCGCCCGAUCUUGCCGAUUCAUCCUACUACGACACUCACUCCUAUAAUUUCUACUGCGUCCCCUACGGAUACUCCAAAUGUCCGUCCAACUCCAAGCCCUAGCCCAAUAGAUUCAUUCACUUUGGACACCUCAACUACAACGGAUCUUUUGACGAUAGCCGCUAAGAACAAUUCUAUCACUUCUCCCACCUUAUCUUCCCUGUCAGCUUCUGGUUCUCACCACCAAGGUAGUCACAUAUUAUCUGUAGUAGGUCCAUUGAUAGGUGUUUUGGUCUUCAUUAUAUUUGGAGCGUCGGGGUUACUCAUUCUCGUCAAGCGGCGUCACAGAGCCAACGAUCGACGUCGCGAUACGGCUCAGUUUGUUCCCAUUUCAGCCUCUCGGUUUUCUUUUAAGAGGAAAAAUCAAAAGCUCGGGGGGAUUGGAGACUCCCCAUCUUCGAACCAAAUGCAAAAUCCUCCCUCUUAUCCUUUCCAUUCAACGGGUCAACUGGAAGCCAUGAAUACUACUCAUUCCAUGCGUUCGAUGGAACGCAUCCGAUAUCCAGACUUGACCGGCCUCCCCGUUGCUCAGCUUCAUAUGGCUCAGAGGAACCGCUCAGAACCCAAGGCGCACGCCUUGUAUCCCUCUGAUUUACAAUACCCCGUAUCUCACUUUAGUUAUACGGGCGAAGAGCUGCGAAAAGGCUUUUGA